AUCGGCCUCGUCGGGGCCCCGGGCUCGGGGAAGUCCACGCUCGCGCGCGAGAUCGUCGCGCGCGUCAACGCCGCCGCGGGCGCGGACGUCGCCGUCGUCUUCCCCAUGGACGGCUUUCACUACUACCUCUCGCAGCUCGCGGACGCGACGCUGUUCCCGGACGGCGAGGAGGCGGCGCGGUCGCGCCGCGGCGCGCCGUGGACGUUCGACGCGGACGCGUUCGUGCGCCGCGUCGCCGACGCGAAACGCUCGCGCGACGCCGUCGUGCGCGUCCCGGAGUUUGACCACGAGGUGCACGACCCGGAGGAGGACAAGAUCGCCAUUGCGCCGACGCACAAGAUCGUCGUCGUGGAGGGCAACUACCUCACGCUGCCGGACGCGCCGUGGAGCGAGCUGCACUCGGGCGACGCGCCGCUGUUGGACGAGGUCUGGCAUCUCGACUGCUCCGUGGACGACGCCAUGGCGAGGGUGACGCGGCGGCACGUCGCCGUGGGGAGGAGCGCGGAGGAGGCGAGGAGGAAGGUGGACGGGAACGAUCGCCCGAACGGCGAGCUCGUGUGCUCGCGCAAGGGAGUCGCGGACGUCCUCGUGCCGUCG